AUGGCGGCAGAGCCCCGGCGCCCGUGGGCCCAGGCGCGCAGCGCGUACGGUGCCAGCGAGGCGCUGCGGCGCGCGGUAGGCCGCCAGCCGGACCCCGGGCCGCAGCCCCACAGGCCGAGCCCCAACGAAGCCCGCGCCCCAGGCCGCCUGGCGCGCCUGCGGUGCCAGUUCCGGGCUGAGGCGGCGGCGCGGGCCAACGCGCCCCGACUGCCACGGCUGGUGGACCGCGCGGGGGCCGCGGAGCCCGAGAAGGCGCGCAGCCGCGGCUCCGUGUGCUCCGGGUGCGGGGAGCCGCGCGGCGGGGCCACCUACCCGGCGGGCGUCCUGGAGGUGAGCGAGCGGCAGCUGCAGGAGGGCCUGGCAGCCGUGCGCGCCGAGCUGGGCGUGGGGCUUGAGGUGCUGCGCGCGGAGCUGCGGGCCGAGCUGGACGCCCUGCGCGCGCUGCUGCCGCCUCCGCCGCCCGCCCCCCGCGAGCCCCGCGGCCUCCGCGGCCUGGCCCUGCUGCGGGCGCUGGGCACCGUGAACGCGCUGGCCACGAGCGCGAGACCCACCGACAACGCCUCGGACAGCCCGGCCGACGGCGGCGCUAGCCGGGCCCCGGCCCGGAAGAACCUCAAGAAGACGCCGCCGGGGACCCCACAGGGCAGCGGGGAUUAA